AUGAUACAAGAAGUAUAUGAUGUUGAAUUGGGUAAUCUUGAUAAUGUAACUACUUCUGAAAAAUCAAUACAUGUGGGUUUUAUAAGGAAACUACUAUUGAGACACAAUAAUAGUUUGCAAUGUAGAGCUAUCUUAAAUUCUACAGUCUUUAACUAUCUUGAAGACAAAGAUUUAGAAGAAAUUUCCAUGGUAUGCAAAUUAUGGUUUGCAGAAGUUAAUUCAGUAGAAGUGUAUCAAUCGAGAUAUCCAAUUGGAUUUUAUAAUUUUUGUGAUAAGAAGAGACGCUGGAUAUGGAAGUGUGUUUUAGUUGGUGAUGAUACCUGUUCAGAAAUAAAUUACAUCCAGGUAGAUAAACAACUAGAGUCAUCAAACGUAAAUGAAGUAUUACUAGAAAAAAAUUUAAUCUCAUCAUCCAAAUAUUAUUCAGAAAUUUUAAAGGAUAUUAAUAGAACAUAUCCAAAUGUUUAUCAAUUUAAGGCUAAGCAAAAUCAAGAUACUAUGACUCAAUUAUUAUGUAGAAUUGCUAAAUCUUUACCUCAAGUAGGCUAUUGUCAGGGUAUGAAUUAUGUUCUUGGAAUUAUAUUGUAUGUAUUUAACUUUGAAUUAGAAUUAUCAUUUUCAGCUAUGAUGAAGUUAUUGAUUAACUGGGAAUAUCAACAAGUUUAUAAAGAAGGAUUUGAUAAACUUCAUAAAAUGUGCUAUACUUUUAAUGUACUUGUUGAGAAAUACUUACCCAGUAUAUAUCACAAUAUAUUUAUACAAUAUCAUAUAACAUCUGAAUUAUUUGCUAUUCCUUGGUUUAUUACACUAUUUACAUAUGAUUUAGCAGAUACUAUACAUAUUAAGAAUGCAGUUUAUAUUCUAGACAACAUAAUGAUACAUGACUCUUCAAAGUCUUAUAAUGUUACUAUUUAUAAAUUUGCAUUAUCAUUAUUAUCAGCUAUUGAAUAUAAUAUGAAAUUGAAACACAAAGAAAAGAGAAAUUCAGAUGUUUUCAUUAAUUAUACAGAUUCACAUAUUGAAACAAAAUAUAAUAAUCACUACAGUCAAAAUAGUAUAUAUGAAAACCUAAUAAACGGGUAUGAACAAAGUGACAAAAUACAUGAAAUGACUGAUAUACUACAAUAUAUUCGAGAAGAAUCAAAGUAUAUUUUGUCAGAUAUUGAAUCAGUAAAAUAUGUCAUUGAGCUCUGUAAGCAAUACUCUAUAACAGAUGAAGAUAUUAUACACAUUCAGAGUAUUUAUCGGGACUAUAACAAUUUUAUUAAUAUAUAUGAAUCAAAUUAUAACAAUCAAGAUAAUUAUGGGAUAUUUCAAUAUAUUUUAUCUGAUCUUGAAUGGUUCAAAUCAUACUCUUUUCAUCCCUUCUUCAAUAUUUCAAGCUAA